AUUUUGGCUGUCUUCAACUAUUAUUUCUCUUUAUGCUUCUAUUACUCUACUGAACCUAAUUAUCCCAAACCUAUCAGACAAAAGCCCAGCAAUAAUACCAACCAAUAAUACCAAUCAAUAAUACCAAUCAUUAAUACCUGGAACUGCCUCUGCUUUCUUUCACUCCAUAUUCUAUUUUAUCAAGUCAUUUACAACCAUAAUUGAAUAAUGAAGAAAAUGGCCACUACACAAACAGCUAUUUUACGAAUCAUUGAAAACAACAUCAAAGAGAUGGAACGAAACGCUGAAGAAAUGUCAGGUAUCUUGAACAACCUUAGAGGAUGCAUCGAGGAUGAUUCAGAGAUGGCCCAGCUUAUAAUCUCGCAGUUGCAAGAGAAGUUCAGCUAUGCAACUGAUAUCUACCAAAGAUUUGUUGGUGUAACCAGAACGAUUUUCGAAAGAACUCUUUCAAUUGAAGUCAAACAGCAUGUGUGGCUUCUUAAUUCUAGAGGUGAACAAGUGCAAGACAAAAUUGAUGGUAUAUGGGAUGAAUUUGGAGAAAUGACAGGUAUUCCCAUAGGAAGCAAGAUCUGAACAAGUUUGCCAAACUACCACUACUUCACAAUCAAUCAAAAAUAUAUUCAAGUUUUCCUAUAAUCAUAGUCAUAAUAAUCAUAAUAAUUGUUAUAGUCAUCAUAAUAAGUGCUUAUAUUACUUUUAUGUGCUUUUUUUUUAAACUCAUCACCAGUUUUCUCUAAUUUCAAGGCAUUGUUUUUUUAUUGAUUUCUACUUUUUACUUUUUACUUUCUACUUUCUACUUUCUAUUUUUUAUUUCUAUUUCUCCUUUAUUAUUCUCUUUUAUCAGUCAAUUUGUUUAUUUUUGAUUAUAUUUAUCUAUUCAUUAAAAUUUUGUAUCAUAUUGUUCCUCAAAAAAAAGAAAA